CACCCUCAGGGUGGAACCUGUCCUCUCCCAACCACUAAAGUUAUAUUAUAGCCGGCACCCUGUACCGAAACCGGGUUUUUUCAUCGAAUUCCGCUCAUUCUUUUAUCGGAAACAGGCUUGGACUCAUGUUUUUGGCUGGAGUUUCGUCUUAAUCGCUUAAAAGUUUUUGUUUCUAACUAGUUCGGCACAUUUUCUGGCCACGGCGCUGUCCCGGUUUGCAGCUGUCAUUUUCCUGACUCUAGGUCUAAAGGCCGAUUACUGUUGAUAAAUAAGCUUCGCGAAAAAAAAUCGCAAUUAGACUGUAAUUUGGAUCGUGUUCGUGUCAUUGACAGGAUUCGUUUGCUUCCUUGGCAUUUUUUCUUCUUGUUUAUAUCAAAAAAUACGCAAAUUCGCGUCAGGUGAGAGAGUUCCUCCUCCUUACCUCCCACUAACUACAUUUCAUUCCACUUCAUUUCUUUUCGUUGGGGAAUUUUUCUUCUCCGGAGGUGCUGCUACGAGUGACCCCCCUUGUACUAUAAUUCUUCCUCUCUUCGUUUCCUUGUGCAGCGGAUAUGCCCUCUAUAAUUGGAAUUAAUGCAACAUUUCCGCUUGGGUCUCGCAAGUCGAAACUUGCUCUCAUUCAAACGAACCUCGUGUUGAAGCAGCUGAAGGAACUGUAUCCCGAAUAUAACUUCCCCAUCCUUUCCCGUGAUACUGUCGGCGAUGAGAUUAUUAAUAAGGCUCUGUUCGAGUUCAAGACACAAAUGGCGAAGUCGUUGUGGACACGUGAACUCGAGGUCCUGCUAAUGCAUGGUGAAUGCCGCAUGCUCGUGCACAGUUUGAAGGACUUGCCCACCGAUCUUCCAGAGGGUAUGACGAUCGCGUGCAUCACCCGACGUAGUUGUCCCCUGGAUGCUGUUGUUAUGCGUGCUGGUUCCCCUUACAAAAGUGUCUCUGAACUGCCUCCCAACAGUGUCGUGGGUACCAGCAGUAUUCGUCGACGGGCUAUGCUUCAGCGCCACUUUCCGCACUUGAAGUUUAGGGACAUUCGUGGAAAUGUCGGUACCCGUUUGGCGAAGCUGGAUGCCCCUGACUCGCCCUUUGACUGUCUCAUUCUCGCUGCUGCCGGUCUAAUUCGAUUGAACUUGAAGGAUCGUAUAACGCAAAUGCUGCAAGCGCCUUUUGUUUUUUAUGCCGUCGGCCAGGGCGCUCUAGCCGUAGAAGUCCGCGCUGAUGACACAGAAAUCAUUGAGUUAUUGAAGCCUCUCCAGGACAUGGAGACUACGUAUUCCUGUUUGGCUGAACGUGCUCUGAUGAAGCGUCUGCAGGGCGGUUGUGCUAUACCCAUUGGUGUGGAAACGCAAUGUCUUCCUUUGUCAAAGGACAAGUACAGCGUUGUUUUGCAGGGCAUGGUGGUGUCUUCAGAUGGCACUCGCAGUGCUUACGCGUCGGAAUUCAUGGAAGUGUCUUCGGAAAAAGACGCAGAGCAGCUAGGCAUGAAUGUUGCUACAGCACUCUUAAAAAGAGGCGCUGGUGCUAUUCUCGAAGAGCAUCACCGAAGCGAGAGCGACAGUAAUUAGAAUUUUGUUAUCUGUUGAGCUUCGCCUUUGUCUGUUGUUCCCCUUUACCUCCUUCCUACCUUUUCUCCGUUUUGUCUUGAUGAUUUUUACAAAAAAACUUAACAACAAGUUUUCGGUCUGUUGUUUGCGACUACAUUUACAUCGUCCUUGUAUAUUACUGUAUAUGAACACAUGGCACGUUCUAUUUUGCCUUGUUUAGUUCCUUAUAUGGCGUGUGUCCUUUUGUUCACGCCACCUCUCGUCUCCUAUCUUUUUGUCUUUCUACACGACUCAUCCACCUGUUACUUUUUGGUUUGGCUUGGGGAGUAUAGAAAAGACUUGUACAACUAUAUUUUUUGGAGUUCGCGGAAGCCUGUUUGCUUCCGUGUUGUUACACUUCUUUUGACGAUUAUCUUUCUCUAGAGAACAACGUUCGUUUAAGUAUUUUGAGAAUGUAUUUUUUUGUACUCA